AGGAUCAUUGUCGAUUUGGGACGAAGCUAAAAGAGUAGAUCUGUAUAGAAAAGCGAUUUGGCAUUCUGAGAUUGCAGUGACAGACGCUCAUUUACAAUGCCUCGAAAAAUAUCUCCCGGAUGGAGACGAUACCUAACAGUGGAACCAGUCAUUUUGCUUUACACGUUCGGACUGAUGACUAGCAUGCCGAUCUGGGAUCAAUAUGUUUACAGCACCCUCAGCGAGAAAAGGGGCUUCCCUUACGAUGAACUUGUGGUGGAAAAAGAAGGGCUUGGCUGCAAUUUCACUGAGCUCAAUUCUACGUUGAAGGAUCUUGAACAACAGGUCCAAAGUCUGGCCACAAAAAUCGACUUGGGAAAUACGUUCUUUAUGGCCAUACCUUCGCUGAUCGUGGCACCAUUUUGGGGGCCUUGGACAGACAAGAGUGGCCGACGAAAACCUGCUCUCAUGGCGCCUGCCAUUGGAACUUUAUUACAGACCAUAUUGGUGCUCAUGAUCAUGUACUUUGAGUGGCCUUUGUAUGUGCUGUUUGUGGGCUCAGCGAUCAGCGGCUUCUCAGGAUUCUUGACAACCCUCAUGUUAGCCUCCAUGUCGUAUAUUGCUGAUACCACUGAGAAGACGGGAGUGGCCUUUAGAAUAGCAAUCAUACAGAUGCUUGUCUUCAUGGGUGGUGUCUUGAGUCAGUUGACCAGCGGUCUAUGGAUCCACACAUUCGGCUUCAUCGCCCCAACAUGGCUGAUUUUGGCAUGUCAUGUCGCUUCCGCACUCUGGGUCAUUUUCCUGGUCCCAGAAAACCCCGUGCGAGCCAUCAACGUGAAAAAUAAGUUCUUCGAUUGCAGGAGCUUAAAGACACUUGUUGACGUCUUCAGAAAGAAGCGAGAAGGUGGAAGGAAAAGUUUACUACUUUUAGUCUUCACUGGAGCAAUCAUCACCCUAACAACUCAGGGGCUCGGAGGUGUAACCGCUCUUUUUGUCAUGAGGAGCCCCCUCUGUUUUAGUCCCAAGCUCGUUGGGUACUUUUUGGCGUACAGAAUGUUCAUCGCAGGACUGGGAGGUGCCAUUGGUGUCAAGUUGCUGAGAAAGUUCUUCAGUGAGAUGGUGACCAGUGGGAUUUCGAUGGUUUGUCAAAUGGGUGAAAUGGUGCUGCUGGCAUUUGCAACUCUCUCUUGGCUGGUGUUCCUAGCGCCAAUGCUAGGCUUUUUCAAAACAACCGUCACCCCAGUCUUUGCUGGCAUUAUGUCAAGAAUAGUAGGAGCUGAUGAGCAGGGUUCUUUGUUUUGUGCAUAUGGCAUUUUUAGCGUCAUCUCACAAUUUCUUGGCGCGAUGCUGUUUAACAACGUGUAUCUGAGAACUCUCGGACAUACAUUCAACGGUUUUGUAUUCCUUUUGUGUGCCGCUGUCAAGAUUAUUCCCCUGUGUCUUCUCUGGUGCAUAGACGUUCCUCCUGUCGUUGAUCGUUUCGAUGAAAAGGGAGGAGCACUGGAGGAUAAGAAAGAAGAUGCUAACAAAAAAGAGGAAGAAGUAAGAGGAGAAAACAACAGAGAAGAAGUCAAAAACGGAGAGGACAAACCCACAGUUUGCCCAGAACAUAUCGAGCUUGUGAAGACAACUGAACAAUCGAGAUCUCAAAAUGCUUAGCUAUCUGGAGGUUUUCCCGAAAUUGUUUCUUCCAACCAUCCAAGAACACGGAUUUAGAAUUCCGUUUUGCUUUGAAGUUUGGAAGAUAGAAGAAUAAAACUUCGGAGAUCAGCUUAUAUGCAAAGGCAGGUCUCUUACCUCAGGCAAGCAAUCAUGUAAAAAUGUAUAUGAACUGACGUGAUAUUCAGGGCUACUAACUUAAGGUUAUCAGUUUGUAUAUUGUGGAUCGUCCGUUUAAGGUUAAUUCUCAAAAUGUUGGUUGUUGCGGUCUAACGUACCGAAAGUCAACUACUCAGUGGUUUUCAAACUCCUGUAAAGUUUGUCAACAGUGAUUUGCAGUUCUAGUACGUUUCAAUCAGGCUCAACAGUAACAGCAGCAGCAACAACAACAACAACAACAAUAAAAACGACGACGACGACUACAACAACAACAAUCUUUUGUUGUACUCCUUCCUACAAAAGCGUACAUUUUUUUAGAUAGGAUUGUUAACAACAGCAGCAGCAGCAACAACAACAACAACAAGAACAACAACAAGAACAACAAUCUUUAGUUGUACUCAUUCUUACAAAAACGGACAUUUUAUGGAGGAAACGGAGGAACUCAGGGGAGCUAAUUCCAUGAGCCUCUUCAAAUGAGUGCGAGAUUGUACAUGUAAACUUUCUUUAAUCGGUGAAUUUGUAAACCAGUGUGAUAAAUUUUUCAUGAUAUUAAAAUUUUAUUGUUGCUGUCAGUUGUGGUUUAAGAAGCCUUAAGGUUAUAGACCGAAACAAAAGCAAAAAUUGCGUGCUCGAUAAUAAGCCUUGUCAAAUUACUUGAGUUAUUACAUUUUGAAAGUCAUCAAAGUUCUGG